AUGGUUGUCAACGCUCCCUCCACCUGCUGCCGCACCGACGGUAGCGAAUGCGCCUGUGCUCAAAAGGCCACUUGCUCAUGCGGUCAAAAGUCCGCUCUCCAAUGCACAUGCGCCAAGGCCCCCGUCGAGAACACCGUCAACGGCCCUCGAUGCUCAUGCCGUGCUCGUCCCGCUGGCGAAUGCACCUGCGACCGCGCUGCUUCUGAGAACGCCACUCCCAGCGGCGCUACAUGCGCUUGCGGAUCUCGUCCUGCUGGUGGCUGCACUUGCGAGAAGGCUGCCGAUGGUGGCUUUAACCCUGCCAACGAGAUCGACUUUACCACCAAGAAAUAA